UUUGGCACCUUGGUAAUGCUCAAGAAGUUUCGCGUAAUCGUAACCAUUCUUCCACUCUGCUGUUCUUCGUUGUCUCUUUCCUAACGAUAUUGCACAGCGACGUAUAGUGGUUUUCUUAGAGAGACCAACUUCUAGAAACUUGCUUUCCCAUUUGCAUGUCCUCUGAUUCUGAAUUCACAAUUCACAAUUCCCAAUCCAACAAUAUUCCUUACUCCAAUUCUGCAUCAUAUCAUCAAAACUGCAACCCUAGGGUGAUCUCUUCUUCGCCGUGCUGCAUACAAUCAGAAUCAGCAAUGCAUCAAGGAGAUUACACCUCCGCUCCAUAUUAUCAAUUCCCACACCUCCAAAACCCUAAUCCCAACCCCUCCAAUCUAUACGCUUCCGCACCCCCCGUCACACCCGAUUACACCCAAUACGCCACCGCCGCCACCACCACCACCACCACCACCACGUAUUCCCCGUACCCCCCAAACCCCGAGCCUCUUCCACCACCCUCCACCGCCGCUCCCACCGCUCCUUCCUACCCUCCAACCUCCGUUAACCUCCCCUCAUUCAAUUCCACCUUCAAUUCUCACCCUUCGUACCAUCAACCACCUUCGCAGAACCAGCCCUAUUUCCCGCCCUAUGAUCAGCAUCAAACCACUCCGAAUUACGCCCCUCCUCCAACCUCCUCAAUUCCCUCCGAGUCCAAUCCCAGUUCCUCGUACUCCUCUUUGUACAAUUCGGCACCGUACACUCACGCCGGAGCUUCCGUUCCUCCGGUUCCCUCAUACGAUAGCCCCUACCAGAAUCCAGUGAAAGCCGAUCACGGCAGUGCAUAUUUUGACGAUUUCGGAGGCCUUAAUCGGAGCCGUUCAGAAUUGGGAUCAGUUUCGAGCUACGAUGAAGGCUAUGGUGAUGGUGUGUAUGCUUAUGAAGGGGGCAAGGUGGAGCCCUACGGUGCGCGUGGCACAGCUCCUAAAUCUUCGACGUGGUCCUCAACCACGUUCGAUGAUUAUGGAAGGUCCAUCAGUUUUCCCUCUCAGAAUGAAUCUUCUUCUGUCUCAAGUAAGAUCGUGAAAGCGGUGCCAACAGCUGAUGCCCAAGAAGAUGGAAAAACUGGGGUGCAAAAGUUCAGGGUCAAGUUGCUGGCAGAAAGUGGUGGCCAGAGCGCUACAGAUGUUCUAUGCCAGAUUGGUUUGGAUGGAAUCCGCAUGCUAGAUCCAAAUACAAGUCGGACAUUGAGAAUAUAUCCACUUGAGAACAUAACAGGAUGUGAUAGACUUGACUCAUCUACCUUUGCAUUUUGGUCAAAGAGCCCAGUGGACAUUGAACCAAGACGAAUCAGAUUGCAAUCCAAUAGCUACACUAUAAACACACUUUUGGAUACAGUGAUUGCUGCAACCAUACAGUUCAAGGAAAUGAAUGGAAGCAGCAGGAGGCCUCCUGAGGCAUUGAAAGCAAAUGAACAGCCUACAGAAAGAAAGAAAGGCUUUGGCGAUUGGAUGAAUCUGAUAAAGCCUGCCAAUGAAGAGAAGGAUCACUGGGUCCCAGAUGAAGCAGUUUCAAAAUGCAAAGAUUGUCAGACUGAUUUUGGGGCUUUUAAUCGCAAGCAUCAUUGUAGGAACUGUGGUGAUAUUUUCUGUGACAAAUGUACACAAGGUAGAAUUGCUUUAACUGCCGAUGCGAAUGCUCAGCCAGUACGAGUUUGUGAUAGAUGCAUGGCGGAAGUGACCCAAAGGCUGAGUAGUGCUAAAGAGUCAUCAAGUAAACCCGUGUUACAGAGUCAUGAGGAUCUUGCCAGGAAGCUUCAGGAGGAGCUGCAGAGAAACCAAAAGACAUCAGGUUCGACCUCUGGAGGAUCUGGAAGACGGACAAGGGAAGUUGCAUGUCCCAUUUGCACUGUCCAUCUGCAGGUUCAGGUGCCAAGCUCAGGUUCAGAAACCAUUGAAUGUGGAGUUUGCCAACACCCAUUUCUUGUGAGUGCGCAUUGAGUCUGAUGACAUGGAUGCAACAGAAGCCAAGAAUAUACCAAAAUCAUAAAUUAAUGAUUCGGAUUGUCUCGCGAAUAUCGUCCUCUUGCCUUUUCUAUUUUCUGUUAUUUAUUCGUCCUCCCGUAGCUUGGUUUAUAAUUUAUAUGUUCAUUAGCUCAGUAAUUUUUUUCUGAAAGGACAAAUAAAUCAUUAGCUCUGUGAAUAUUAUCUAUGAUUGUGAUUUGGUUCGUUGAA